UUUUAAAUGCAGACUUUAUAUUUAAUUGUAGAUAACCAUAGCAACAGCACUUGCACCAGUUCUUUCUAAAAAAUAAUCUAGCUUUACAAUAACUCUACAUUAAACUUACUAUAAAAGAAAAGAAAAUUGAACAAAUGGCUGCCCGGUGGACAGUUUGGCUUCAGAGCAUAAUUGAAAAGCCUUUGAUAACAGAGGUGGAAGUAGUGCAGAAGUCCCGCUUCAUCCUGCUCCACUACAGUAUGUCCAAAGUCCUGUGGGACUGGUUAAUCCUUAUAGCCACUUUCUACGUGGCUGUCAUCGUGCCCUACAACAUCAGCUUCACUAUAUACGAUGAAACCGCCGUAGAAACACACUCCACUGUCGCUACUGAUGUUGUCGUGGAAUUUCUCUUUAUUAUCGACAUUAUCCUGAGCUUCCGCACCACCUAUAUCAACCAGUCAGGGAAGGUGGUGUAUGACUCGCGCUCCAUUAGCAAACACUACGCCACCACCUGGUUCUUAGUGGACCUGGCUGCUUCCCUGCCCAUUGAUCUGCUGUAUGCCGCCCACAUCCCAAUGACCUCCUUCACCCACCUGCUCAAGACAGUACGCCUGCUGCGUCUCCUUCGUCUGCUUCAGAAAGUGGAUCGCUACUCUAAGUACAGCGCCAUGGUGCUGACCUUGCUAAUGUCUAUGUUUGCCCUGCUGGCACACUGGAUGGCCUGCAUCUGGUACACGAUUGGACACAAGGAGAUGGAGGACAGUAAGACCUGGCACAUUGGGUGGCUCAGUGAGCUGGGCAAACGUAUGGAGACUCCCUACACCAACAGCACGGUGGGUGGCCCGACGGCGUACAAUGCCUACAUCACCGCCCUUUACUUUGCCCUGAGCAGCCUGACCACUGUGGGCUUUGGCAAUGUCUCUGCCAACACCGAUGCUGAAAUGAUCUUCUCCAUCUGCACCAUGCUUGUCAGUGUGCUGAUGUACGCCCUGGUGUUCGGUAACAUUUCGGCCAUCAUCCAGCGUACGUACUCACGACAUUCUCUCUACCACACACGCAUGAAGGAACUAAAGGACUUUAUGCGUAUCCACCAUCUGCCCCACCAGUUAAAACAACGCAUUAUGGAGUACUUCGAGACUACAUGGUCGGUCAAUAAUGGUAUAGAUGUCAACAAGCUCCUGCAUGACUUCCCUUUUGAGCUGCGGGCUGACAUCGCUAUGCAGCGGAAUCAGGACAUCAUCCAGCUGCAGGUUUUUAGGGGGGCCAGUCGUGGUUGUCUGCGCUCAAUCUCCCUCCACAUAAAAAACUCCUUCUGUGUCCCCGGGGAGUACCUCAUCUGUCAGGACGACGUGCUGCGAGCCAUCUACUAUGUCUGCUCUGGGUCUCUGGAAGUGCUGAAAGAUACGAUGGUGCUGGAAAGAUUAGAAGCAGGGAACCUGAUUGGAUCUGACCUUCCUGAAACAGACCAGGUCAUCAAGACCAAUGCUGAUGUGAAGGCGCUGACAUACUGUCACAUUCAGUAUAUCAGUGUGCGUGACCUGAAAGAUGUGCUGGUUCUCUACCCCGAGUAUGCCAGUGUGUUUGCCUCACACAUCCAAGACAACCUCACCUACAACCUGCGUGAGGACAGCCAGGAUGAGAAACCCAGGCUCCCCUCUAUUGUGGAAACACAAGGGGAUGAGUCUGACAACUCCGUCCACCUCCCUCCAGCAACACGCUCCCAUUGCAAUCACCUGCUGACCAGCUGCAGCAGCCUUGUUGGCCUUCACAGGCAGAGCUCAACCCCUCAGUCACCGUCAAAAAAAGAGAACAGCACCGCCCAGGGAGAGUCAGCGGCUGAGCAAAAGCCUUCACAGCGGCUUAUCCCAACUGUCACCUGCUUUGGACCCCCAGAUCUUGGUCCCAGGGUUGUGGAGAGAACUGAAGACCAUGGACACAUGUUCCAUUUCAACAUGGAGCGCACCGGGCCUAGGGCCAGUACAGGAGGCAGCACCCACGAGUCCACUCAGGCUAAUGUUACUCUGCUGCUGGAGCCGGAGGAGGUCGGACAGAUCAUUAGUCAACUCAACAACAAGAUUGAAAACCUAAAUCAGGAUUUGUAUGAACUCACCAGAGGCCGGUACCACCAGAUGCAUCUCCUCCACACCCACGCAUCUGUGCAUCACUACAGAGACUCCCACGACUCAUACCCAAAUGGUGUCCAGGCCUCCCACAGCCCCCCAACACAGUCCACAAUCCUUUAACCACCUCCACAACGAUCCUAGGAGCCAUGAAAGUGCAAGCCAGACCCUCAUCAGCCAGUCCCAGCUCACUUUGUGCCUGCAGCCUCCCUGUGAUGGUGAUGAAUACUAUAGCCUUUCGUCCAGUGCCCCUACAAGUAGGCAUACAUCCACACACAGCCUGCAAGACUCAUCAUCCAAUUCUUACACCUCCAUCUACGAAAUCGAGGACUCACACCCCUCAAUCUACACUGUGUCUGCCUCUCCAUCCACGUUGCCAGACCACCCUCUUGGAUCCUCCCUAUAUUCAGGAUCACUGUGAUCGGAUGCUGUAGAGUCCCACCUUUCACUCUGCGACCCAUCUGUCAUAGAACUCAUCACAUAACAUUGAUUUUUUAUUGUUUUAAAUUGAAUGUUUUUUUAUUAGUUCAUCAUGUCUUAUUUAUAAUUCUAAUGAACAUCUCCAAUUGUAUGCCUUAGAAGAUCUGAAUACAUUUGCUUUGUUUUUCUGUAGUUUUAAUUUCACUCCACAAAAAAACGUUCUCAUGGAUCUACAAUUCAAUAAAUAUGACAUAGCUGCUGAUAAGUUAAACAUAAAUAUUUAGCCGAAAAGUGGUCCACAUGAAAUAUUGUUGUUAUUGUUAAUUGUACUGUUAUUAAUUUACAAAAUAUGAAUGCCUCCUGGUCAAAAAACACAUUAACUCAUUGUACUGGAGUAUAAUGUCUUUUUUCUUUUUCUUUUUUACUGUUAGUCUGUUGAUGUUUAUCCACAAGGUUUUAGAGUUGUGGUGUAUUUUAAAAUGAGUGAAUUAUUUUAAUUAAACUUAUAACAUUAAAAAAAUGUCAUUCAUCCAUUUACUGUGAAGAAGAAACUGCAACUUGAAUAAAUUCUCAGAGCAACACAGAA